AGAGUUUGAUCAUCGACCAUGGCCAUGGGAGCAAGGUCGGCGAUGAAGAAGAGCUUAUUGCUAAUACUGUUUGUGUUCCCGCUGAUCAUCACGGUGGCUGAUUGCGCCAAGGACAUCCCUGCCUCUAUUCCCCAUGGUCCUCCGGGAAACAAAAUCUGCGGCGCCACCAGCAAAACAUGGGGCGGGUGGAAGCUGUGCAGCGAGCGCGGCACCUGCAAUAAGCCAUGCCAGGCAGAAGGGUACGAGGAGGGCUACUGCGGCUUCUUCCCCUUCAUAACGACCUGUUGUUGCACCAAGCACUGUCUCAGCGCCGCCCCUGGGCAGUCUGUGCAACUUAUGCACAAGGGUGACAAACAAACUCAAGCCUUUUUUAGAGAAUGUGGCUUUAUGACCAAUUGACUGGUUUGUACUUGGCACAAUACAAGAAAGCGACCCACGGGGCAACGCGGUUGACCUUGCCCCUAUAUCUGGCCAUGGUUUAUGGACAUUCCAUGUUAAGUGGCCUACCAAA